GCAAACAUUACAAUAUUUACGGUUUAUGUAAAUAUUAAAUAUGAUGAAUUGGAAUGUUCAAUAUGAGGAUGUUUUUUUAUAUAUAUAUUUAUACUUCAAUAGGUGUAUUAUAAAACUGGGUUAGGGUCCGUCUAUUCAGCAGAUAAAUAAACUUCCGGUAAGUGUAGAAUUCUGUGAACACGAUCGGAGAAUACAUCUGAUUAGGUUAAAAGGAAUCAUGAAGAAUGUAAUUACAUUUUAACUCUAUAACUGUUAAAGUUACACCUUCCGUCCGAUAAAAUAAUCAAUAGUCCACAAACGCGAAUGUAAUUUGCCAACAAGUCCGGGCGUAACUAGGCCUACUAGUCACAAGGUGAUGAGUCACUGAUAUUAGUUUAGUUUCGUUACCACCUCUGUGUUCAACCAACCCUCCACAUGGAGCCAAAGAAACAACAGAAGCCAGCAGCUUCCAAGAGAUCUGCUGGAAGAGGAGGGACCAGUAACAUUGUCCUACCGGUCGUCAGAUAUCAUCCCUCCAUCACACAAACCAGCCACCAGGGAAGAGGGCCAAGCUCAGCCCAGAAGAUAUUCCCAGCCCGGAAACCAGACAAGAAACCGGACCAGAAACCAGACCAGAAACCACACCAGAAACCGGACCAGAAACCUGACCAGAGGCCAGACCAGAGGCCGGAAAAGAAAACAGACAAGAGGCCAGACAAGAAACCAGACCAGAGGCAAGACAAGAAACCAGACUUAGUCCUGGGAGGCAGUUCAGAUGUUCUAGAACAGCCUUUCUUAAACUAUGGGUCAGAAUGCAAAAUGGGACGCAAUCCAGCUGGCGGUAGCAAUGGACAGAACUCUCUGAAAACUCUGAGCUCUGGCCCAAGUCCAGAGAAGGUCGUCCUGGAGGGCGGGGAGCUGACCCCCAGCGUUGUGGAGGCAGUGGAGGUGCUGACUCGGGGUCAGAGAGACAACCCGGCCUGGUUCGAUUGGCGGGAGCACCGCAUCACCGCCUCCAAUGUCCACCGAAUCGCACACUGCCGCUUCGUUAACGGGACAAGCAGCACACCCCCUGGCUCCUACGUAGCUAACAUCACAGGACAGGGUUCGAGGGUCCAGACCAGAGCGAUGAGGUGGGGUGUGGACAUGGAGGCCCGGGCAGUGAAAGAAUACCAGGUGCUGAAGAGCAAGCUUCUUGGGCGAGAAGUGGUCGUUCAAGAUUCGGGUCUGUUCAUCGACCCCAAGCGGCCCUGGUUGGCGGCAAGCCCUGAUGGCAUUGUGAUCGACAAGCUGUCUGGACAACGGAUGCUGUGCCUGGAAGUGAAAUGCCCGUUCAAACACAAAGACCGCAAGGUUGAGGAGGCUUGUAAGGAGGACAAAGACUUCUGCCUGCAGAUCCAAGAGUUACCUAACCAGCCAGUGUAUCGGUUGAAAAAGAACCACAGCUACUACAGCCAGAUCCAGUGCCAGCUGGCCGUCACAGGGAUGGACCGGGCAGACCUGGCGGUUUUCACCCUUAAGGAGACGGCCCUGGUGCCUGUGCCCUUCGACCCUGAGUUCUGGGAGGAGACGCUGAGCAAGCUGCAGAGGUUCAAGGAGGUUCUGCUCCCCCAACUGGACAAGCACAGACCGCUGGACCCCGAAAUGAGACCAGAGAUGUAGAGGCUGGGCUGUGUGUUUUGAGGUCCGAAAGGAUGUGAAGCGAAAUAGAAACUGGGGUGUUCGCAGACAAAAUGCUGGUCUAGGACCAAGGCGAGGCUCUGCAUUGGUUUGCUAUUCCUGCAGCGUGUGCAGGAUGCUUAGCCUAACUAGUCCAACAUUUACCACAUGCUCCCAAUUCACAGAUGCCAGCUAUUGGUCAACAAUACAAUGGGGGUUUGGAAUCAGCAUUUGCUUUGUUCUACCCACAAAAGUAAAAUGACGUCAAAUAACCCUAACCCUAAAUUUAGGCCGAUUUAUAUCAUAAUCUCAUGACUUCAGCUUAACCCAUUACUUAACUGCCAUUAUUUAAUAACUGUCAACUUGUGCUUCUACUUCUGGGGCUUUAAUGUGUUAUUGGGCUAAAUAAACCUCAUCAAGAGAUCCAGAUGUUCAUCUCUGGAAUCUAUCGACUUGAACACAACAACAUUUAGUUAUUUCACAAUAAAGGUCCUGAGGAAAACAGUGCAAGAAUCUUAUUUCCUAUUGAUGGUCCUGAUGAACAGUGCAAGAAUCUUAUUUAACGUUUUCAAGGGUCCUUAUGAAAUCAGCUGUCCAUCCAGUUUUAAAUAAAACACAAAAGGUAGGAGGUGAUGGUCUUUAUUAGCAGGUUUUUUAUAACAGCUUAACUUAUUAUGGGACGUAAACAUACAAAUUAUUUCUCUAAUAAUGUCCAUAUGUCUUUCUCACGUCUUGCUUUAAAUGUUGGAGGAACAGAGUCUGUCAGAUCGGCCAAUCACGGUCUGACCACGCCCGCUGACAGUUAAACAAGAAGGCAGCAGAACCGGUUUGGACCGGCUCCCUCUGGACCGCCAACCGACAAGUGAGCUGGUGGGGAGGGCGGAGUCACUGGAACUUAAAUGUGAUUGGCAUUUGCGUGUAUCAGUCCUUGGCAUGGAGCAGG